AGGCAGGUUGCCCAGGCCUCCCCGUGCUGCCGUGUUUUCCGAGCGAUCCCGAUAUCACGUUGGUGUCAUGCAGACAGUCACGGCGUUAAGCGCCGGCUGCCAUGACGAGUGUCUCUCCUUCGCCUUGUUUCACCAGCGAUUUUUAUUUAUUUAUUUAUUUUUUUUGCUGCUGCUAGCUGACGUCUCACUCAUGUUCUUUAAGAACAGGCGACUCUCCCAAUGCCGGUCUGCACUCCUGGGAGUGAGUGCCUGUUUUUUACGGCUGACGACUCUUCCGUGUAUGACUGGGUAAUAUUAAUCAGCACCCCAGUUAUCUAAAGUUAUCCCACGCAGCCCCAGACACGAACUCCCUUAAAUGGGUCUGUUCCCAUUGGUAGUUUUGAUGCUAGGGAGUUCUUAAUGGCUCCUGAAUAGGGGACAGCGUAUGUACGCCUUGAGGCUGGCUGUUGAGGGCCAGUCCUGAGAGCUUCCCUCGCCCCCGUGUGACUGCAUGCUAGCCUGGGCCACCUGGGCCUCACUUGUCAUUCUCAACACCUUCGAUGUAACCGUCUCAUUACCAUUCAACGGAUCCGUGGGCGAAUCUGUCGCCACCUUCGCCCUCCGUCACUCAGAUCUGCCACCUCCUCAGGCUGCCAGGGUGGUGUGGGUGGAGCCCUCUGAUCUCCAUCUGAGUGCCCCCCCCCCCCCCCCAAAUCACCUCCUCCUCCACAGCGAUGUUAACAAGCACCCUGACAAAGGAAGGACUGUUAAACAAUUUGAGCCUCGGGGCUUUAGCUGGGUGUGUGGGAGAGCUGACAGGAACCAGCCAUAGAGCCUAUAACCUCCAGGAGAAGGGGUCACCCCCGCCCCACCCCCCACAGAGGGCAGCCGGGGGUUUACACUCAGGAGUCUGUGGUGCCGUGUCACGAACCACCUGGGCAGCUGUUAAAAGCAGCCUUGGGGCCUGUUCGCCCCAUUUGGUAGAGGAUUCUGGUCUGGAAAGUAGCCGAGUGUUGCAGCAUUUCUCCAUCCAUGUCUGGAGGGGCUGCGGACACAGUGAGCUCUUACAGUGACUGUUGACGGCACUUUAAGCACUGAACAAGGCUUAAGAUGCUAAAACUGCAUUUAGAUGUAAUGCGUGAUACUCGAACUUCAGUAUGAACUGGAGUGUGAGCUUCCGCAUGUGGCUGCUGCACACAGGAGGUAUUCAGAGCCGUUUUCCUCUCAUUUGCAUGUAAAUAAACAGGAAUAGAUCCCUGAGCACUUCUGACACCACAACAAAAGACAGGUUAUCAGGAGCACAGAGCUAUAAAGGCCAUGAAUGGUGACAUUAGAGCCCUAUUUUCCUGAGAUAAGGGGGGGGUGCCUUUGAUAAACUGAGCAGCAGGCCCUGACGUUUCAUGCCAUAAAUCUGGUGGCCGCAGUGCUCCAUGGGGGGGAGGGGGGAUGAAGUAGCCAGCCACAGGUUAACCCCCCCCCCCUUCAUUUUGAUGUGCGCAUGUGGGCAGACAUAACUACAUCUUCCUGGCUUUGGCUAGACUCUGAACCGGCUGUCGGCCUUGAAUUCUCCACUGGCGCAGCUCUGGGACCACGGGCCGUGACCAGGAACCCCAGAACCCACAGCAAGUGGGGACAGGAUGCAGAAGCACUUCCCGAUGAACCUAGAGAACACCAGCAGCUACCAGCCGGUGGGCCGGGCCCCGGACAUGGAGCACAAGGUCGGCAAGCUCUCCCCGGGCUUCCAGCGCUGCUCCACCUCCGACGACGACUCAGGCUGCGCCCUGGAGGAGUACGCAUGGGUGCCCCCCGGCCUGCGGCCCGACCAGGUCCAGCUCUACUUUUCCUGCCUACCUGAGGAGAAGGUGCCCUACAUCAAUAGUCCUGGAGAGAAGUUCAGAAUCAAGCAGCUCCUGUACCAGCUGCCCCCCCAUGAUAACGAGAUGCGGUACUGCCAGUCGCUCAGUGAGGAGGAGAAGAAGGAGCUGCACAUGUUCAGCACGCAGCGCAAGAAGGAGGCCCUGGGCCGAGGUGCCCUCAAGCUGCUGCCCCGGGCACGGCUGCACGCCAUCUGCGAGCACUGUGGUGAGAACAUCAGUGGUGGCGAGUUGGCAGUGUUUGCCUCCAGGGCGGGGCCCGGGCCAUGCUGGCACCCGGCUUGCUUCGCCUGCGCCACCUGCAGCGAGCUCCUGGUGGACCUCAUCUACUUCUACCACGACGGGAAGGUUCAUUGUGGCCGGCACCAUGCCGAGCUGCUCAAACCACGGUGCUCCGCCUGCGACGAGAUAAUCUUCGCUGAUGAGUGCACGGAAGCCGAGGGCCGCCACUGGCACAUGAAGCACUUCUGCUGCUUUGAGUGCGAUGCCGUGUUGGGUGGCCAGCGGUACAUCAUGAAGGACGGUCGCCCCUACUGCUGUGGCUGCUUCGAGUCACUCUAUGCCGAGUACUGCGAGGCUUGCGGGGAGCACAUUGGUGUGGACCAUGCCCAGAUGACCUACGAUGGCCUUCACUGGCAUGCCACAGAGACAUGCUUCUGCUGUGCCCAGUGUAAGGCCACGCUGUUGGGCUGUCCCUUCCUGCCGCGCCAAGGUCGGAUCUACUGCUCCAAAGCCUGCAGCCUGGGAGAGGAUGUCCAUGCCUCAGACUCCUCUGACUCCGCUUUCCAGUCGGGCCGGUCCCGUGAGUCCAGACGGAGCGUGAGGAUGGGGAAGAGCAGCUGCUCCGCUGACCAGUGCCGCCAGUCACUGCUCUUCUCACCAGCCGUCAACUAUAAGUUCCCAGGCCUCUCCGGCAAUGCCGAUGACACCCUGUCCCAUAAACUGGCACACCUCCGCUUUGCUGAGGACCACUUCUGGAAGAAUAGGGAGGAGCAGGAGGCCCCGGAGGACCAUGAGGAAUGGGCCGAACAUGAUGACUACAUGACGCAGCUGGUCCUUAAAUUCGGAGAACAAGGCAUCUUCCAGCCUUCUGAAGACAUGAGGCCUGUGGAACCCUGGAUGUCCGACCCAGAGGUCAAGAUAUCCGCACCAAAAGCUGGAAAUCACAUCCAGAGUCUGGCCAGCAAGAAGUACCAGGCGGAUAUGUACUGGGCACAAUCCCAGGACGGGCUAGGAGACUCCGCCUACGGAAGCCAUCCAGGGCCAGCCAGCAGAAAGAUGCAGGAGGUGGAGAUGGACCAUGGGGCAGCCAGCUUCAGACGGGAUCAGAAGCAGUGGUACGACGAUUCGCUGGAGUGCAUCACCGAUGAACUGAAGCAGCCAGAUCCAAGUGUCCGGGAUUCCAUGGACUCCUUAGCACUGUCUAAUAUAACCGGAGCCUCUGUGGAUGGAGAUGGCAAAGAGAGGCCAUUACUGUAUUCUUUACAGAACUUUACAGAACUCGACACUGAGGACUGUGAGAAGAUGAGCAACAUGGGGACUCUGAACUCUUCGAUGUUACACCGGAGUGCAAAUUCACUUAAGAGUUUGACAUCGGAGGUAGAGCCUGAGGAAGAAGUGGAGGAGGAAGAGGAGGACGAGGAGGAGGAAGAGGCAUCUUUUCCUGAGGAGAAGACUCCACUCCCGCACGUUCCCAUGCUACGGAGGACCAGGUCUCAGUCCCGACCGCAGCAGGUAAAAUUCUCUGACGACGUGGUAGACAACGGGCUCUACGAGGAGGUGGAGGUGCGGCCGCCGCCCAUGAGUGAGCGGACCCGUCGGCGUGCCUUUCACUUUGAGGAGCAGGAGCAACACCAGGGACGUCUGCGGCACCAUCACCACCGACGCCGCCGCAGCAGGAAGUCCCGGUCGGACAACGCCUUGCACAUGGUCCCCAAAGAGCGCGCUCGCAUCUUCUUCAGGGAGGAGACCAACAGACACUUCCAUGCUUCUUCGUGCUCCCAGGGCCCACGGGCUUUCCUGCCGAGCCAGGAGCUGUACGGGCCGCCGCCCCAGCCUCAGUCUCACGCCACCUCUGACUACGCCCUGCCCAAGCAGCUUCCAGCGCUCUAUGGGUAUGACGAUGACUGGUGCUCCACCUGCUCCUCCUCAUCCUCCGAGUCUGAGGAAGAGGGCUAUUUCCUGGGCCAGCCCAUCCCACAGCCCCGGCCGUCGAGAUUCCAUUACUACGCUGACCUUCCCAGUCCCAUCUCAGCGUUACCUCCCCCCCCCUACGGUCCUCGCUCUAAAUCCAAAAAGAAGGGACACAAGGGCAAAAACUGUAUCAUUUCUUAGAGCAGUGAAGAGAGAGGCGUCUCCGAAAUCCCCCCCGCAGACCCGCAUCCCAGGCCGCUUCUCGUUCUGUAACGAAAAGACUUCUUGCUUGUUGACCGUCAGAUUUGGAAAAUGGGUUUACAGGACUCGUUCCCUUGCCAUGCUGCCAUGUUUACGAUGACCUUGCACUCCACGAUGGAAACCAGUGCGAAGCCACAGCAGAACUAACUAAAGUCUGUCUGGGGGGGAGGGGGCGUCUGUAAUGUCUUGUGAAAGUAUCUUAGUAACAUACAAUACGAGCUGUGGUUGUGCACGACAAAAGGCAGCAAGCAUUACUGUUAUAGCCAGGAAACUAUUUAUAAAGGAGCAUUUAGAGACUAAUUAUUUAACAGUGAAAAUAUUGAUGUAUAUAUGUAAAGUUAAGAUUAACUGAUAUUUUUAUAUCCCCAAAUUUCAAACAAUUUUUUUUAAAUGUUAGUGUUGCAGAAAAGUAAAUCUAAAGCCCCCUCUUUAGCUUUUUUUUUUUUUUCCUGAGUGUGUCACCUUCUGGAAGUCCGUGAUUAAGGAAUCUCGCUCAGUGAUGGCAUUGACUAAAUAACCCCUGCUCUUCUCGUUCGGUUGCCUUUGCUUGUAGCCUCUUUUUCAGUAAGAAUGACAGUUUUGAACGGAUUUAUUUAUGAUUCAUAUUGUAAACAUCACUAAUCUGUAUAGAUGUAAAAACUGGAACACACGGCUAAUAAUAAAAACGUUGACCUUCAAAA